GGGAUACACAGACAGACGUUUGACUAAGAGGGUGAAAUAGAGUGAAGCUUUUUUCACAAGAGAAGAACUUUAUUUCUGCAAUCAGACCUUCAAGAAUGUUGCUUCAAAUGUCUUUCCUCUGUUUGUCCUGCUUAGCUGUGUUCUCACAUAGCCAACACCAAGCCUCCCUUAGCCGCUCCAAUGACCCUACCGGGCGCUGCAUCUACACCUUUGAAGUGAUCAGUCCACAGGAGACCAGUUGCACCGGAAACAGCACCGAAUCAGAGAUGGAUGAAGUCCUGACCAGACUCACCCUGCUGGAAGCUAUGGUCAGUCAACUGAUAGCAGGGAGGGGCAGUGGAACUGGCACUGGUGGCCUGAGGUACAAUGAUGAGUAUCUUCAGGAGGCUUACGCCCAGGUCACAAGAGAAAGAAACCAGCUACAACUGGAAGAGGGACGUCGGAAGACACAGGUCCAGAAGCUGCAGAGUACACUGGCCGAGCUGAGCUUGGAGGCAGAGAGGCUCCGGCAGAGACCCUGCGAGCAGACAAAUACCUCAGGUGGAACCCUACAUGAAAACAGACCUCUAAGAGACCCAGGGUAUCACUUCAAAAAUACCUCCUAUCAGAAGAUGAAGGCUGAGGUGAAAAAGCUUCCUGCAUCCCACCUCAUUCCUGAAGGAAACCACAGCCUAACAGGUUGUGGAGAGUUGCUGUCAGUGGGAGAUCCCGUGUUGCACAGGAAAGCUGAUGCCAUCACAGGGAAGUAUGGAGUAUGGCUGCAGGAUCCAGACCCCCGGGGUCCUUAUUACACUAAAAACACAGUGUGGCGAAUCGAUGCGGUUGGUAAAGAAGUCCGUCAGCUCUUUAUUUAUGAAAACAUUGAUCAGUUUUCCAAAGGCUUCCCUAUGAAGGUCCUGGUUCUGCCAGAGCCUAUGGAAAGCACAGGAGCCACAGUGUACCAAGGCUCCCUGUACUACCAGCGCAGACGCAGCAGGACCCUGCUUCGGUACAACCUCACCUCAGAGAAUCUUGCAUCCCGCCUGGACUUGCCUCAUGCCGGCUUUCAUGGCCAGCACCCUUACUCCUGGGGUGGCUACACGGACAUCGACCUGGCAGUGGAUGAGCAGGGACUGUGGGCCAUUUACAGCACAAGUAAAGCAAAGGGGGCGAUCAUUAUUUCCCAGUUGGACCCCGAGAGUAUGAAAGUGAGAAGGAGCUGGGAGACCAAAAUCAGGAAGAACUCAGUUGGUAAUGCUUUCAUGAUGUGUGGACGCUUAUUCACAAUAGCCAGCUAUACCACCCCCAACACCACCAUCAAUUACAUGUUUGACACAGCCACUAUUGAGGGGCAGUCCAUUGCCGUGCCCUUUAUGAACAAGUACCGCUACAACAGCAUGGUGGAUUACAACCAUGCCCAGAGGAAGUUGUAUGCCUGGGACAACUUCCACAUGGUUACGUACGAUGUUAGACUGGGAUGGGCUGGUCAAGGCAGUAGCUAAACAGGACUCAAAAAGACCCCUGUUGAGUUGAUAAUUCUUAUAUAGAACAAGUCUCAGUGGACAUGAUUUUUGUAAGGCUUUGGCACAUUUAUAGAGUUUCUCUGAAAUUUUUAUUAUUGUACAUAGGCAUACAAUAUACAUGUGUUCUGGCAAGAGA